GCAACAGUCCAAGCAGCUUUCAGAAUGACAGUCUGCAGAAGUGAGCUGAGCGUGUGUGCAGUACGGGGCUCUCUUGUCUUCUAAGCUCCAACGCAGCUCUGUGGCUGAACUGGGUGCUCGCCACCAGAAAUGCUGGGCUAUGGAAUACAGAUUUGGCAGCUCAGGUAGCCCUGAAGGAAUACAUCAUGCUUUCCGAUAAGAAGAAAUUGUAGAAGCCAGUUUUUUUUUUUUUAACUCCCCCCUCAAAAAAAAAAAAAAAAAAAAAAAACAACUGUAAAGAUGCAAAAACGUAAUAUCCAUGAAGAUCCUAUUACCUAGGAAGAUUUUGAUGUUUUGCUGCGAAUGCGGUAUUGGGAUUUAUUUGUUCUUGGAGUGUUCUGCGUGGCUGGCAAAGAAUAAUGUUCCAAAAUCGGUCCAUCUCCCAAGGGGUCCAAUUUUUCUUCCUGGGUGUCAGCGAGCCCUGACUCACUACAGUGCUGCUGACAGGGGCUGUCAUGCAAGUGGCCCCCUAAGCCAAAGCAAAAGACCUAAGGACGACCUUUGAACAAUACAAAGGAUGGGUUUCAAUGUAAUUAGGCUACUGAGCGGAUCAGCUGUAGCACUGGUUAUAGCCCCCACUGUCUUACUGACAAUGCUUUCUUCUGCUGAACGAGGAUGCCCUAAGGGCUGUAGGUGUGAAGGCAAAAUGGUAUAUUGUGAAUCUCAGAAAUUACAGGAGAUACCCUCAAGUAUAUCUGCUGGUUGCUUAGGUUUAUCCCUUCGCUAUAACAGCCUCCAGAAACUUAAAUAUAAUCAAUUUAAAGGGCUCAACCAGCUCACCUGGCUGUACCUUGACCAUAACCAUAUCAGCAAUAUUGACGAGAAUGCUUUUAAUGGAAUACGCAGACUCAAAGAGUUGAUUCUGAGUUCCAACAGAAUCUCCUAUUUUCUCAACAAUACCUUCAGACCUGUGACCAAUUUAAGGAACUUGGACCUAUCUUAUAAUCAGCUGCAUUCUCUGGGAUCUGAACAGUUUCGGGGUUUGCGGAAGCUGCUGAGUUUACAUUUACGGUCGAACUCCCUGAGAACCAUCCCUGUGCGAAUAUUCCAAGACUGCCGCAACCUGGAACUUUUGGACCUGGGAUAUAACCGGAUCCGAAGUUUAGCCAGGAAUGUCUUUGCUGGCAUGAUCAGACUGAAAGAACUUCACCUGGAGCACAAUCAAUUUUCUAAGCUCAACUUGGCCCUUUUUCCAAGGUUGGUGAGCCUUCAGAACCUUUACUUGCAGUGGAAUAAAAUCAGUGUCAUAGGACAGACCAUGUCCUGGACCUGGAGCUCAUUACAAAGGCUUGAUUUAUCAGGUAAUGAGAUCGAAGCUUUUAGUGGACCGAGUGUUUUCCAGUGUGUCCCAAAUCUGCAGCGCCUCAAUCUGGAUUCCAACAAGCUCACAUUUAUUGGUCAAGAGAUUUUGGAUUCUUGGAUAUCCCUCAAUGACAUCAGUCUUGCUGGGAAUAUAUGGGAAUGCAGCAGAAAUAUUUGUUCCCUGGUAAACUGGCUGAAAAGUUUUAAAGGUCUGAGGGAGAAUACAAUCAUCUGUGCCAGUCCCAAAGAGCUGCAAGGAGUAAAUGUGAUCGAUGCAGUGAAGAACUACAGCAUCUGUGGCAAAAGUACCACGGAGAGGUUUGAUCUGGCCAGAGCUCUUCCAAAGCCAACAUUUAAGCCCAAACUCCCCAGGCCGAAGCAUGAGAGCAAACCCCCACUACCCCCCACGGUGGGAGCCACGGAGCCAGGUCCAGAGACUGAUGCUGACACCGAGCACAUCUCUUUCCAUAAAAUCAUCGCAGGGAGCGUGGCCCUUUUCCUAUCUGUGCUUGUCAUCCUGCUCGUUAUCUACGUGUCAUGGAAGCGGUACCCUGCAAGCAUGAAGCAGCUGCAGCAGCGCUCCCUCAUGCGAAGGCACAGGAAAAAGAAAAGACAGUCCCUAAAGCAAAUGACUCCCAGCACCCAGGAAUUUUAUGUAGAUUAUAAACCCACCAACACGGAGACCAGCGAGAUGCUGCUGAAUGGGACCGGACCGUGCACCUAUAACAAAUCAGGCUCCAGGGAGUGUGAGAUACCUUUAUCAAUGAAUGUGUCGACCUUUCUGGCAUACGACCAGCCCACAAUAAGUUACUGUGGGGUGCAUCAUGAACUCCUCUCUCAUAAAUCCUUUGACACGAAUGCACAGGAAGAUACGAUGGAAACACAUCUAGAGACUGAGCUGGACCUGAGCACAAUCACAACAGCUGGCCGAAUCAGUGACCAUAAACAGCAGCUGGCUUGACUGAGCUCAGUGGUAGCCCAGCGUGGCCACCACACUGUAAUCUCAAGGACAAAAUGAGGAAGAUUUGUUCAUUGUGGACUCUCAAAGCAAAGCAAAACAAAUCCCCUGUUUAAAUAAACAAAAAUCCAAGAUUUGAUUCAUGAAAUAAAGAAGACAUGAAUUGUUUUAAGUCUACACUUUGUAAUUAGCUAAGUUGUGCAGUAUUUUUUGACUUAAACAGAGUAUGACCCUGGAAAAGGAAAAAGAAAUCUUUUUUUUCAAAACUCAAACUCAUCCUACCUACCUGUAAAAACUGUACAGAGCUAAUGUAUUUUUCAUAUUGUAAAGUUUCAAUUAUAGGAACAACCGGUAUGUACAGUACCAUAUUUAAUUACAUUUUACUUUACAAACUUUACACAUUUCAGUUUCUAAAAUUUUAAAUUAACAAAAUGAUUUCUUGUGUUCUUCAGUUAUUCAGUUUUGUAGGGACUGUUUUGUUACUGCUUUUGUGCCCAGAAACCUUGACUCUAAAAUUCUGUGCUGUGCAAAACAUGCACGAUUUUUAUCAUGCUUACUGCGUAGAAUUUUAUCUACUUGUUCCAGAAAUAAUACAUUAACCAAAAAGGGUUUAAUUGUUGAGACUUGUAAGAAGUUCUUCAAUUACAUAGACAGGUUUUUUCUUAUAAAUGAAAAAAAAAAAUCAAAGAUUUUUUUUUAACACUUCUCAGACUUAACUGUUGCCUUGAAUUACAGCCUAGUUUCUAAGCAGUGAAAUGUAAUGAUAAAGAGGGAUGUUUUAACAACAUAUUUCUGAAUGAAUGACUCAUUAUUUCAUUCUUUUGAGUAACUCAUUGUUAAGGGUUGGAGGAAGCAUGGACAAAGCAUCACUAGAAACAAAGGCAGUAACCACAGCAACAGACUUUAAUACACUUAAAAGGUACAGCUGCCAGUGACAAAGAAAAACUUUUGUUACAUCUCAUUAUUUUCAGGCCAAGGUGGGAGGAUAGAGCAUUCUAACUGUACAGUAGCAAUUUUUCUCCUAAUUAACCCAAAGCGGUUUACCUAAAAAUAACUAUCAGUCAGUGCAAAAUGUACCUGGUUAUACAGACAAAGUCUCACGUAGAACUGUGAGACUAUAUUUUGGGACGAUCUCAAAGGAAAUAUCUAAAAAUUUUCGCUUUGUGUGCUACAUUAAUUUUGGCUCCUGGGGGAGAACUUGAAAUAUCUACAGCUCAUUCAAUAUAAAUAUGAGCGAUGGUGAUGAGAUUUAUCACUCAAGUAGAUUGCAAACAUCUUCAUUUGUUUAAUUUUUCCAUCCAUAAUAUGAUUUGCCUCCAAAUUAUCCAAAAAAAAUAAAAAUUACCCAGAAUACUUCUGAAACCACCCCAGAUCAUAUGUUAUGUGAAUGUAUUCUAAAGUAAAUUCAAAUCAAAUGAUAAAAACCUGACAUCUCAGAGGCUGAAGUAAAUAACUUCUUGUUUGUUUGAUCCAGGUUAUUGUUUGAAAAUAUUGUUAUCAGCGGUAUUCACACAAUCUUUUGUGUGUUUUUUAAUAUAAACCUAUGUUUCAAUUUCUGUUGCACCAGCAGUACUUUUUAUGUUGUUAUUUAAUAUUCCUGCCGUUAUGAACACGUUGAAAAUAUGUCUAUCUAAUAGGCAACACAAUGAAAAAAAGAAUUUGUGAAAGCCAAUGUCAAACUUCUAACUUUUCAUUUUUCCAGAGAAAUUAUACUACAAAAAAUCUAUUUUUAUGCAGACAUUACUAUGGCAGAUUUAAGAGCAAUUUCAAGAAGAAUGAACAUUAAAAAUGUAGACCAUAUUUUUAUUCAAAAUAUACAAAGGAAGAAAAACACGCAAAAUUUUGGUGGGCACAAACUAUUGCUGAUUUAAAUUAAGCUAAAUGUCACAGUACUUAUAUUAGCUAUUUAGCAUCCCAGAUUUUGUAACAUUUUGCAUAAAUUAUUUACU